GAGUGGCGAAUGAGUUAGGAGCGGGCAGUGGAAAAAGAGCAAGAUUUGCAAUGAUCAUAUCAGUCACACAAUCAUUAAUCAUCGGAAUAGUAUUUUCGGUUCUUGUAGUAUUUUUCCAUGAUCAAAUAGGCUGGAUUUUUUCUUCGAGUGAAACCGUCAUAGAAGCAGUCAAUGAUCUCUCUAUUCUUUUAGCCUUCGCGAUUCUUCUCAACAGUAUCCAACCAAUUCUUUCCGGUGUUGCGGUAGGUUCGGGUUGGCAAUCAUUUGUGGCAUAUAUAAACCUGGGAUGCUAUUAUUUCAUUGGACUUCCACUAGGAUAUGUCAUGGGCUGGAUUUUCAAGUCUGGUGUCAAGGGCAUUUGGGCUGGUAUGAUAUUCGGAGGCACCGCCAUUCAGACGUUGAUUUUGAUUUCUGUUGUUAUGAGAUGUGACUGGGAGAAAGAGGCACAAAAAGCAAGUAUGCGUGUUCAAAAUUGGUCUGUCUCGGAUGCAACCAAAAAAAGUGAAGAGGACCCGAAAGAGAAGGACUAGACUACGUCUGGGCGUUUGGGUACCCAUUCGGGUUCGGUUCGGGUUUUUUGGAUUUCGGUUCUAUUUUGUAACACCUUCUAGGUCCCAUUCUAGUAAAUCUACAAGUUGAGUUCGG